GGGGUUAAAGAUUCUUUUUGUACUCUUUUUAUAUUACCAUCAAUAUUUAAAAAAUCCGUGGACAUAAUGAAUAUCGUAUAUUAGCAAAUAUGUAGAAUAAUUAAAAUCAUAUACACCUAAUUCUAAAUAGGAGCAAAACGAUUUAACGUGGACACAUAAAAAACCGGUUGUUUACUUUAAUUCAAUAAUUUUGUCAAAAGAUGACUCUGUUUCCAAAACUUUUUACAGAAUAAAAUCAACUGUAUAUAUCAAGUAUGAAAUGUCAAAAUACAUGAUUACAUAAUACAUUUAUGUAUUUCAUUCAUUAUUGAAAAAAAGACUCUCUUCGUAUUUUCUGAUUUGUGAAUUCAGAGAACUGUUCAUUAACCUUAUUUAGGGUUAAUGUCUCACUACGUAAACUAUCGUACUAAUGAAAUAUAGUGAACAUUGUUUAUAUAAAUGAACAAACAUUUAAAAAAUUUUAUUACAGAACAUAUAUUGCAUACUCCAUGUUUAUUUGUAUUUAACCACAAAUAUAAGUAUACUAAAUGUUAAGGAAAAAAGAUCUAGAUGAUUUAUAUAUCAGAAAUAACUUUUAAUGAUAGAAAUGAUUCUAAUGAUGCAAUUGCAUGAUAUAUCAUACAAUGAACAAUAUAGUUCAGUUAACAACUAAAAGGUGCAAUUAUGACCCAUUUAAAUGUAUUGGUACAUCUCAAGAAUUUAUAACAAAUGGAUACAAAAACCUCUAAAAAUUCAUAUAUUAUAUAUAUACAUAUAUGAUAUAUACAUACAUAUAUAUACAUAUAUAUAUAUAUGUAUAUAUACAUAUUUAUAUUUUUUUUGCUGAAAGUGUUUGGAAUUGGUAUUGUUUUAGAAAAUAAAGAAGAUUUCAAAAUUUAAUUUUUCUGUACUUUUGUAUAAUUUGACUUUUAAGUACUUAAAUAAAUAUUUUAGAUAAAAUAAUUCCAUCGAUUAAAAUCAAUUCUUCUAUCCGUUAUGUACUUAAGCAUCUCCAUGUAUAAACACUACUACCAUUACGUUUCACUAUUAAAUAUAGACUUUCAAUUUUCAUGUGUUCAUUGGGCUUUCUCUAAACAAAUAUUCAGUCAUCUAAUUAUCUAAUCUGAACACAUUAAAUUAAUUUUUGUUACCAAAUAAAAUAGAUUCAGAGCACAGUUCCUUAUUACAUAUGUUUUUGUAAACUGUGCUUGCCAUUUCACAUUUUUCUUAUUAAUGUAGGAUAUCUUUCUAGCUACACAUCUGCUAUAUAUAACAGUUUUUAUAUCAUUGUAUGUAACAUUAACUUCAAAUGAUUAGGAAAAUAACAAGAUAUUAUAUAUCUUUGAUUUACAUGAAUUUCAUUUUACAUAAAUACUUCACUAUCAACAUUAUUUAAAAAGUAAUGCUGGGUGUAAGAAGUAAAUAUCUGAUAUUAAAGUACCCACACAAACCCUUCUGCAAAAUGAUCCAAACAUUUAUAUUUUUUGACUUGGAAACAACUGGAUUAAUUCAAGGAAAUUGUAUGCCAAAAAUCACAGAAUUAUCAUUAAUAGCAACAUCAAGAAGUGCAAUAUGUGAUACUUUAAACCCUAUACCAAGGGUUUUAUAUAAGUUAAUUUUACCAAUAUAUCCAGAUAGAAAAAUUUGUAAGACAGUUGAAACGUUAACAGCUUUAUCGAAUGAAAAUUUAGAGAAUGUUAAAUCUUUUAGCUGUGAGACAUACAAUUUAGUCAACAAUUUUAUAAAUCAACUUAAGCCUCCAGUUUGUUUUAUAGCUUAUAAUGGAAAUAAGUAUGACUAUCCUAUAUUCUUAUGGGAACUUGAAAAUAUUGGGAAGUAUUUCAGUGAAAGCAUUCUUAGUGUCGAUAUGCUACAUCUAGUUAAAGAUUUCUUCUCAAUGAAGAAGGAUUCAAUAAAUCAACAGAAUGUUGCACAAGGUGAUAAACUUACUACUUGCAACACUGAUAUUAAUAUCAUGUUAAAUGAUGGUUAUGAUCAAAUACUAUCAGAUGUAUUAGACGAUAUCAUGUCUAGAAGCUUUGAAAAGAAAAAUCAAACUUCUAUUUUUAAAAAUGAAGAAAAUAAAUCUUAUCCUAAUAAUGUUCUCAGUACCCCACAAACAAGUUGUUAUAAGAAAAUACAGGAAAUUAAUGAAAAAACACCAGAAAAUCAAAUUAUAAAACAUUCUAAUACAAAUCUGAAGCAGAGAAAAGCAUAUGCACCAAGAAGAUUAAACUUUGCAGACACUCAACCAAGUAAUUUUAAGUUAACAAGUAUUUAUAAACAUAUUGUUGGUAUGGAUCCUGUAAAUGCACAUAAUGCUGAGGGAGAUUGCAUUUCUAUGAUUCACUGUGCAGUUAAACUAGGAAAUUUUUUUGUGGACUGGGCUGACUGUAAUGCAGUACCUAUGGUUAAUCACAAGAAACAGUAACCAUGCUAUAUUUUAUAUACACUUUUUAUUAAUCCUUUUUUACAUAUAUUUAUGCUUAUUGAUAAAAAUAAAGCAUCAAAGAUUGACUAAAAGUAUAAUAUUUAUACUUUCUUCUAUUCUUAUUAAAAUUGUAUAUUAGGA